CAGCAGCAGCAGCAGAAGCAAUGGAAUCGAACGAAGUGGACGAAAAAAUCCCAUUAAAGCUAGCGCAAAUAUCGAUCGACAAGUUCAACCAGACGAUCCCCCAGUACCUGACGGUGCUGCGAAACCACAAAUGCAACAUCGAAAAGGCAGGUUCGCUCAACGAUUGGGAGAAGGUCAAGCGGGAACAGCUCAACGCAACGCGCAUCGUGAAGCAGAUACGGUUUAUGCUGGUGGAAAUAGAUAAAGUGCGACAAAGGUUGCGACCGACAGAUUAUGACCGUUUCGAUGAGGGUAUCGAGACAACAAAGAAGAAUGCGUUUAGCAGCAUGGCGGAGUACAUGGCAAUGCAAAAAACAUUACGUGCACAGUCCGCCCGAGACUAUCAACAGCGACAGUACGGUGAGGGUGAACGAUCCGGUGACACAAAUACUCAGUACCCCACCGGUGGGCGGUUGACAUUCGUUCCACAGAUCACCAGCUCGUACAACAUGGAGGAGCACGAGCUACGCCAAAGAGAAGAAUGCCUUCGACAGAUGGAAACUUUACAGCACGAAAUGGAGGACAUCCAGGAGCUGUACCAAAAGGUGCACAAUUUAGUGCACGAACAAGGUGAAACAGUUACCAAGGUGGAGGAGAACGUGGAUGUAGCACAGAUCCAGGUCGAAGCAGGUGUGACGGCACUACAGAAAGCACUAGCGUACAAGAAAGCCGUCUACCCGCUGGCCGGAGCAUUCCUUGGCUCUUGCAUCGGUGGUCCAAUCGGGCUGGUGGUGGGACUGAAGGCAGGUGGAUUGGCCGCACUCGGAGGCGGAUUGGUUGGCUUUGCCAGUGGGAAAUUCAUCAAAAACGUGGACGCUAUCCCGGAAAGCGAUGAGGUCGAUUCGAACGAUAGUGCCACGGAAGCGACAGCUGGUGAUGCACCGGCCGAACCGGGCGAAACGCAACCGAUUGCAUCGAAAACUUGACAAUUGUUUAACCGCUGCACGAU